GCCAAGAAGACGCUUCGGAGGAGGAGGCGGCAACAGCCUCGCCGCUCAAAGCCACCAAUGAGCAGCUGAAGGAGCAGAAGAUGCUGGAGAAGAAACGAGAGGUCCGGCGGAGACGCUCGCUCAACAAACGCUACUUCUCCGACGAGUUCUCCUCAUCAAUGCAAGGGAUGAAAACGGUAUCUCAACAAGAAGAUGAUGACGCGAUGCACCAAGAGGAGACAAAGCAGCCAGAGGUGAUCCCCCUGAGAGCCUUCAUCCGCAAGGAGAAGCUUCAGUGCUUCCACCUGAUCUACCGCGAGCGCCGGGAGCCCCAGGUCCGAUGCCACCACCUGCUCACCCAGGGGCUGAGCGGCGAACAACAGAGAAAGCUGAGCACUCGCAAGCGGAAGGAGAGGAGAGACUCCAAGAAGCAGUAUGCCACGUUCACAGCCACAGCCAGCCAAGACCAGAAGAUUCCAGAGCAGGAGCAACAAGAAGAGCAACAACAGCCACAGGAAGAGACAGAGCAGCAGGCGAUAACUAGAGAUGUCCAGGAAGAUGCUGAAAAGUUGCCAAGAGAGGAGGAGUCUAAUACGCUACAGGGGGGCCAAGAACCAGAGUCAGUCCAAGAACCAGGGCCAGUCCAAGAACCAGGUCAGUCCAAGAACCAGAGUCAGCCCAAGAACCAGAGUCAGUCCAAGAGCCAGAGUCAGUUCAAGAACCAGAGUCAGUCCAAGAACCAGAGCCAGUCCAAGAACCAGAGCCAGUCCAAGAACCUGAGUUAG